CUAGCUAAAACCCAAAUCGUCACGCAAUCCGGAUAUUGACUCCUGUUAAGCGUACUGCCUACACUUACAGGGAUUAAAGGUACCCCCCAUCAGAGGCAUAAAAAUGUAAAUUUACCCCUAGGGAAAAUGCAACAAUACAGCAGAAUAAGGAAUUUCCGAGAUGUCAGCUCUUCUAUGAUGGAGGACAUUAAAAGAUAUAAAAAUGUCUUCAACAAAAAUUGGCCAAGAUGACUUGUUGAGUAAGCUGGCUGAGUGGAAUAUCCAGACGGAAACCAUAGAACACCCACAGGUCUUUACUGUUGAGCAGGCACUACCAUACCUUGAAAAGAGAGAGGGCAAAUUUGCCAAAAAUUUGUUUCUGAAAGACAAAAAGAAGAGACUUUAUUUAUUUUGUGCACCCCAUGAUGCUGAAAUUAAAUUGAAUGACCUUGCGAAAUUGGUAGGGGCAACAGGAGGGUUAAGAUUUGCUGACUCGAGUGUGCUGGAGGAAAAACUUGGAAUACAACAAGGAUCUGUUUCAGUAUUUGGAAUAAUUAAUGAUACAGAAAAUGAGGUCAAGCUUGUUUUGGACCAGCACCUUCUUGAUCAGACCUACUCAAAAAUAUGGUUCCAUCCAAUGGUUAAUAGUGCCACUACUAGCAUUUCACCCACCGAUCUGAAAACUUUUAUUGAUCACACUAAUCAUGAGGCUCUGAUUGUAGACUUGAGUUGAAAUAAUAAAAUUUUCAUACCAAUUUAAA